AUGGGGGGCGGGCUCAGAGGACAGUGGGGCCCGACCGGACACAUCCCUGAGCUCUCUCCCUCCAUCCCUCCAUUCCCUCAUUCUUCCUUCCCUCUCUCUUCUGCACAGCAUCCUCUGCAAACCCUCAGUGCCUGGGGGUCCUCUCUCCCCAAUUUGACUUUAAUUACUCAUUCAUUUAAUUGUCUUCCUCCUUGCGGGGCAGCCCCAGAACUUUCCCUUCCUGCAGAGCAAAUUAGGGUAUUUGCUCGGCAUUUUUAGGAAGGCGGAGACGAGCGUUCUUCUUGGAUCGAUUUGAGGGGGGGUUAGGAAGAGGAGACUACAGGACCCUCAGUGAGAAUCUUCUUUCGCCGCCUCGGCCUCCCUGGCAUCUAACCCGACCCUUCUGCCCGGCCUUUGCCCUCCGCCCCCGCGACCCCCUUCACGCAGUGCCCCAGCUGCGGGACCACGACCAUGACCGAAAUGAGCGAGAAGGAAAAUGAACCCGAGGACGCUGCCACUCACCCCUCCCCCGGGACUGUUUCCACCCUCCAGGAAACCAAGCUUCAGCGUUUCAAGCGUUCCCUGUCCCUCAAGACCAUCCUUCGAAGCAAAAGUGUGGAGAAUUUCUUCCUUCGCUCAGGCACUGAACUCAAGUGCCCAACGGAGGUGCUGUUGACCCCCCCAACCCCAUUACCACCCCCCUCACCCCCACCAGUGUCAACUGACCCAGGCCUACCCACCUCUGCCCGUUCCCCUUGUCCAGUCCCACGUCCCUUGGCACCUCUCAAGCCCUUGAGGACCCACAGCUUCCAAGACCAUGUCUUCAAACGUGCCAGCCCCUGUGAGCUCUGCCACCAGGUUAUUGUGGGCAACUCCAAGCAGGGCUUACGAUGUAAGACGUGCAAAGCCAGCGUCCACCUCUGGUGCUCUGAGGAAAUCUCCCACCAGCAGUGCCCAGGCAAAACGUCCACCUCUUUCCGACGUAACUUCAGCUCCCCUCUCCUGGUGCAUGAGCCACCCCCAGCCUGUACCCGGGAGUCUCCACCAGCUGGUGCCAGUGGGAAGGUGGACCCCAUUUAUGAGACCCUCCGCUAUGGUACCUCCUUGGCAUUGAUGAACCGGUCGAGCUUCAGCAGCACCUCGGAGUCCCCUACCCGAAGCCUGAGUGAGCGUGAUGAAUUGGCAGAGGAUGGAGAAGGUAGCAUCCGUAGCUCAGAGGAGGGUACCAGUGACAGUGUCUUCACAUCACCGCCUGAGAGUGAAGUGCCAGGGCCUGAGGAGAAAAGCCCCGGGCAGCAGCAGGCUUCCAAGGGCACCAUCCGGAAGGACGUGGGCCCCAUGUAUUCCUAUGUCGCUCUCUACAAGUUUUUGCCUCAAGAGCAUAAUGACCUGGCGUUGCAGCCGGGAGAUCGCAUCAUGCUGGUGGAUGACUCCAACGAGGACUGGUGGAAGGGCAAGAUCGGGGACCGCGUCGGCUUCUUCCCCGCCAACUUCGUGCAGCGCGUGAGGCCGGGAGAAAGCGUGUGGCGGUGCUGCCAGCCCUUUUCCGGGAACAAGGAGCAGGGCUACAUGAGCCUCAAGGAGAGCCAGAUCUGUGUGGGCGUGGGCAGAAGCAAGGAUGCUGAGGGCUACAUUCGAGUCAGUAGUGGCAAGAAGAGGGGCCUGGUACCUGCCGACGCUCUGACCGAGAUCUGAAAUUGGGCACGGCGGGCACAGAAGAAGUGAGUGCCCCCACCCCCGGAGAUGGCCCAGACACCAGCUCUGCCCCUUGUUCCCAGGGAAUGGAGCAGGGUCUCCUUACCCGCCUCCUUGCUCACUUGCUGCCACGCUGCUGGGCACCCCUCUGACAGACACGGAAGCUCCACGAUGACGAAGGUUUUGUUUUUCCUCUGGGGACCCUCUUGAGGGCAAGAUAAGGGCGGGGAUCAGCUACCGCAGGCAGGUCUGCCCCAUGCCGAGGUGCCAACUCCUGCGCCCACCAGUGCCCUGCUGCCACAAUGAGUCGAGCCUGGGGCAGAUCUGCCCCCCAGGGCUUGCUGUGGCUUCUCCCCAGAAUUCUACCUUUCCAGUUGUUGCAUGCCUUGUGCCGCCUUCUCCCUCAGCCCAGGCUGUAUCUGUCUUUCUGUCUGUCCGUUGGGCAUGGGGGAGGUCUCAGGGGAGGGAAAAUGUCCCCUUUCCCCGGGCCCCUCUCAAUGCCCGCUCCCCCUCAGGGUUUAAAAGGGGUGGGAGAUAUGGGAGGGCCUUUUCUGCUUCUGUGGUUCUGACUGCUGCCUCCCCAAUAUCACCAUCCCUCUCUAGCUCAAUUCUCAGGAAAGUUUCACUGGUCUCUCCCAUAACUUGCAACCUGGGCUGGCAGAGGAGAGGAGGGAUCAAGGAGAAAGGACAGGGCUUGUUUUCUUGUUUGGGGGGAGAGAGAAUCAUGGCUGGGACAAGCACGACAGAGCCUUUCUCCAUCCACCCCUACCCCCCUUACAGUUGGGGAAAGAAUAGCCAGCUGGGAUGGGAACUCUCUCCAGGGCCAGAACAUCCAUGUCCCCCUAAAGCCACAGCCCCCCCAGGGAAGAGAAAUCCCCCGGAAGUCAGGAGUUCGGAUCUGCCCUCAGACGCUUACCCUCCCUGGGCAAGUCACUUAACCCCCACUGCCUCAGCAAAAAAAAGAAAUCCGGACGUAGCAAGAAGAGUGAGCCAUGUGAGACUGAGAUUGGGGAUGUUUCUGGAGCCGCCAGAAUGGUACAGAAUAUUUAUGUGAAUCUACCCGUUGUCUGGGGCCUGACUUCCAGAAACUAGCCAGGUCAGGAGCCUGACUCCAGGCAGUUCUGUUUUCCUGCCCCCCUUUUGUUCUCGCCCCCCCCCUUGAUCCGGACAGCCCUGGAAGAGCUGGAACGGGACAGUUGGAAAACCCCUCUCACUAGGUUAAGGCCGGGUCACAGCAGGGGCGGAUACGGAGAGCAAGACGGCACUUUAAAAAUAGUCCUGUCCUGGGACCAGUUUCAGGUUUUCCCCCGUUUUCAAGACCCCUGUAUUUCAGGAGCCAUUCUCUGAUUAUGCCCUUUGCAGGCCCCUGGGUAGGGAUGGAGAACUGGAGACAAGUUGAGACUCCCGAGGAAGGGAGGGAGGGUGAGCGUCCCAGCCUGGAGGAGGCAGACUGUGGGGUCUCCCCUGUGAAGACAGCUCCUUGUUGGCCCGAGCCCCCAGCCCCCAGCUCAGAACCUCCUUCACCAUGCCAGCCAAUGCCUCCCCUACUCUGGGCACAGACCCCCCCCCAGGCCCUUGCCUCCCCCUCUGCCGUUUCCAGACUCGGGGAGGGCAGAGGCUGACGCCACACUGCCCUGUCUGCUGCCACGAGGCUGCCCCAGCAGUACCCCUCGGGGCAGGCCCGAUGCCCACUGUACAUAGAGGCUGCAUGACGGGUCGGGCUGGGGCGCUGCCGGGCCCCCAGACCCACCGAAUAAAUGUUCCCCUGACCCA